GUGCGUGGAUUUAAAAAAUAGGCUGAAGAAUGAAUCUAGAGUUUGUCCUUUCUUCCAGUUCGAACGCAUCAGGUGCGAUAGAAUAACUUACGGCGAGUGAUAGUAAUUUGUUUUUUUUUUCAUUUUUUCUCUUUGUAUACUUCAAAUAAUAAUUUUUAUUCUCUUGCAAACGUAUAAACCGAUAUAUUUUCAAAUAAAUGUUUUACUGCGUUACGACCGACGUUAAUUUUUUUCUCAUAAAUAUAGAGGGUAUUAAGAAGUGUUUCGUUCUAAUACAAAGAGUUAAAAAAAAGAAAAAAGAAAAUAAGCGUAUAAAUUAAUCAUUAAACAUGGCUAAAUUCUUAGCCACUGUAAAAGCCAUAAUAACUCGUUUGGUAUUCGCGUCGCAUGGUUUUAUCGCUAUUUGGCAGGUAACGACGUUUAAGAAGAAUCCACUUUUCUGGUACUUGAGUUGUCCAAUUUUGCUCCUUUUUUUUGAGGGUAUUUUCACGCUCACCAUAAAAGAAAAUCAAGAAUGGAAAUGGUUUUGCCCUUCGGUAUUUUUAUAUCUAAGCAGUGUGGUCCCAGCAAUUUGGCUUUUGGAACUCGACAAAGUUGAUAAGAGAUUAAGAUCUCGAGAAUCUAAUAUCAAUAUAUCCGAAAACUUCGAUUUAUCCAAUUUGGCAGCAGAAGAUUUAAAACACUUAGAAAAAGCUCUUGGCGUAAACAUUAAUUUACCCGACAUCCAAAUAUCCACCGAAACCUGGGUGACUCUAAUCGAACAAUUUUUAAUGCUGAUCUUAAUAAUCGGUCGAUGGAUGUUACCCAAAGGAGAUCUUACGAGAGAUCAGUUGAGUCAGUUACUUUUGGUUUAUAUUGGAACUGCUGCUGACAUUAUCGAAUUCUUUGAUUCCUUCAAGGAGGACAGAAUAGCUCGCGAACCUGUUCUGGUAUAUUUAACUUUGGGAAUUUGGGCUUGGUCUUUGAUGCAAUUCACGGUCGUCCUUACUGCUACUAAAUCGAGAAAAUCGCGAUUAUCUUCCGGAAGUGCUAUGAAAAAGAGGGUGCAAACGGAAACAGGCUGUUGCAGUAUUGAUAUUUGGGGCAUUGCUCUUAACAUGAUUCUUCAGGACGGACCUUUUUUAGCAUUUAGACUGAUAUUAAUAAUACAUUAUCAAAUAGUCAGUUACAUGAACAUAUUUUUUACAUGUAAAAACACUUUGGUAAUACUUUUGCAACUGUACAGAUUAUACGUCGUUCACAGUGAAAGUAAUAGCAAACGGAAGAAAGAAAAGUACGAAAAAUACGAAAUAUCUAAUAUUAGUAUCAUUUCUCGAGCGGAUAUGUCAAAAGAGGCAAGAAGUAGAAGAUCUCAAGAAGAUAAAAAAAGGAAAAGAAAAAGGGAAAGAGACAUUGAAGAAAAUUUAUCUGAUUCGGAGGAUUCUACCGAAGAAAUCGAUAAGUUUGAUUCAUCGCCAAAGCAAAUGAUUCGUUCUAAACGAAAAACUCGUCAAGAUACUGGUUACUCGACUUCGAGUUCUCGCAAUUCGUCAAAGCAUACAAAAUCGCAGAAACAAGAGAAUAGAAGUAACAAAGGUUCGCGUAAAAGCGAAUCCAAAAAUUGGGAGGAUUCGAGUGACGAUGAGAAACGUAAAAAAAAAAUCGACAAAUCUAGCGAAAAAAAAAAAUUUGUGGAUAAUAAAACAAAAAGUAAGAGCGAAGAUUCGAGCAAAAGUUCAAGUAAAAAAAAUAAAUGUGAAACUGAAAGUGAUACCUCGACGCAGGAUCUCAAUGAUAAUAAAAGUUCUAGUCAGAGUAGUGAUUCUGAAUCUGAAAGAAAAAGCAAACGAAUUCAACGUAAACGACGACAAAACAAGGACUGACAACGAAAUCUCGGCAUUGUUACUUUAUUUUUUCUCUACUUAAUAAUUUUGAUCAUUUUUGUACUUAUUAUACAUACCAGAAUCAAUGACGGUUUGAUAUUAAUCUCAAAAACAAAAACUAAUGUUUUAUACCAUAAUCAAUCAGUCUUUCCGAGAGUGAAAAGUCAUUUAAAAAAUUAUUUAAAUAAAUAUAUGAUUAGAGAUUAAAUAUUUCGGAAAACCU